AUGAACUCCGAAAUCUCAGUACACAGGCCUCAACACGAGCCCAACGGCCCUCAGCGCGCUUCUAGGCAUGACAAUAUCCGACGCUUCGUGUGCUCCACCUGUCGCCGAUCCUUUUCGCGCUCGGAGCAUCUCAAGCGACACGAAAGAGUCCACACCAAAGAGCGCCCGUUUCGAUGCCCCUACUGCGGAAGAGCCUUUGUUCGCAGUGACAUCCUCUCGCGACACAUGAAGUCCUUCCAUCCCGACUCGGAAGGUCUCGAAAGCGCGGCAUACGAGUCGGCCACAAUAACAGCUGCCGACGCGGCACCCCGAAGCAAAUCCCCAACAGUCGAAGCAACAAGCCGUAUGCCUCCUCAACCAGCAGCACGGAGAGGAACCUCGGCCUCUUUGGACGACGCCAUCAGCCCGACUCCCAGCAUCCCGGAGUUAAGCGGAAGCAUCGGAAAUACAGCGAACCUCAUUGACGAAAGCGCUCCCAUUAGCAUUGCCCAGCCUCGAGUACGGAGAUGGUCACCAGGGCCACCUUCUGCCGGUACUAAUCACAGCCCAUUCGGCGACACUGCUGUAGAAGCCAAUGGACCUCGAUCGCCUCCGAGAUUUGCAGCCGAUUCCAACGAUAACCAGACUGACAGCUCUCCCGACUUGGACAUGUCUUGGACCGAGGAACAUCAUGGUAUUGGAGAGAACCGUUUUCCGUCUGACGUGGACGUGGCAAACUUUAUGGUGCUUGACACUGCCCUUUUUGACCCCAACUUCCAGGCCGUCUACGACUCCAUCGGUAUUCCGCCUCCGGACCUUGCGAAUCCCUCACUUGCCCCAACUGCGAACGACAAGGGCGUGCGCCGUUUGCUCGACGAUUUGUUGUUUUCCUCGGCACCUCCAAGAGCAGAUGCACAUGCGUCUCAGGAACUUUUACAAGGCAUUGAUACUCUACCCGAGGGUGCCCGCAGCGAAGGGAGAUCUGUCACCUCAAACAACCAGAUAACCACGAGAACACUACCGGAAGAAAGCAGGCUCGCCGAUGUUGAUCCACAAAUGUCAUAUGCAAAAAAAUUACACUCCCUCUAUCCGUCAUUCAUCAACGACGUCGACUCGCUUCCAACGAACAACGCAUUCACUCGAUACGUAGAUUUGUACUUCCAGUACUACAGCCCGCAUCUCCCAUUCCUGCAGCGAACAGCCUUUGAUAUCUGGGCUGUGGACCCCGCAUUGGCAGUCGCAGUAGCAUCCACCGGAGCAUUAUAUGCGGCCGACCACGAAACUGCAUUCUACUUGCACUGCAUCUCGAAGCGCCUAUUGAAGCAUUUUGAAGAAGAGACGGCUUAUUCGGAAUCCAAGACUCCGCUGGAGCUCAUUCAAGCUCGGCUUUUGAACAUGAUAUUCGCGGCAUGGAGCGGAGACGCACGAGGCUUCAAGUACGCGAAUGUUUUGCAAGGCUCAGUCGCCGAGGACGCCAAGUGGCUGCUGAGAAAUGCUGAGAGGGACGCGAUCAAGUUGAGAGACUCGUCACAAAAACAUCAUGCAUAUGAGGAUAUCAAAAGGCUUUUCUUUUCCGUUUACCUGAUAUCUGCCGCGUUUAGUUCGUCUCUGGGAUACAAUCCUUUCCUAUUCAACCACGACUGCUUGUCAGUUGAACUGCCAUCUUCAGAAGAUGCAUGGGCCCAAGACCGGACCCACACCGACGAUGUUUCAUCAACAGCAUCAAAGGGCUCCAUGACACUGGGACAGGCCCUUUCCCUACUUUCCAAAGGGCAACAGUUUGACUUUAGUCCUUUCCAGUUACGGAUCUUGAUCACUGCUCUCUACGUCGAAUGCUGGCAAGGGGCUAGCCAUUCAUACAGGAGUCCAGAUGAUGACCACGGCAGCUGGAAGAAUAACAUACAUCGAAUGCUCCGCACAUGGGAUACAUGUUUUCAUUCAAGACCUGACAAACUCCCAAGUCCGAUACUGGAUGGCCCCCAGCUCGACGUGUCUCCGCUCAAGCUCGACUCGCUGGCCUUGUAUCACCACAUCAGUGUCGAGCUUGUCUAUCCUCUCCGCACCUUGAGCCACCAACUCGGCGAGCUUGAUACAGCACCAGAAGCCACCGCUCGCGCCAUGUGGAGUUUAAGAAACCGGUUCCCUCGAUCGUCAGAGAUGACUCAUGUUAUGAAAUACUGCGUGGAGGCACUUCGGGUCCCUUUUGAGAAAGGGCCGCAGUACACUGCACGAAUCGGCCCGCCCUACUGGAGCGCUGAGCACGUCCCGCUUGUUUCAAUACUUUGUGCUCUUCUGUGUCUCUGGACAAGUCGCUUCAACGAACCCCAGGCACCUGCUGCGGAUGAGUCGGAGGAGGCCAUCGUAACGCAGCUCAUCAAUAUGCUGCGUGAUGCUGGUUACCGCCCGAAGCUAAGCGAUCUUCCUUCCGUACUGGCCGAGGCAUGGGGGACGGUGUUGGGUAGCCCCUGUUAUGUUUGGAGAACUGGUCCGGCUUAUUCCAAAAUAUUCAAGUCAUGCCCACAGGCCUUUGCCGACAAUGGUACAGGACGCUGUAUCAACAACGACAGCCUUUGA